AUGGACCCAAUGAAUGUCGAGAUUGAUACCUUGAAGUCAGUUUCUCCAUAUCCAGUGAAUUCCAUGCGUUACGUCGAGACAAAGGACAAGGAAGACGACAAGUCCAUGGAUACUUCAUCAUCGUACAUUCAUUCUGGCUCAAGACUACGUACACCGACUAAAAUCUCCAAGGCCUCUUUGUCUGGAAGAAGAACAAGUUCUGGUGUCUUUUCGGGGACGUCUGUGGUGUCACCAAACGCCAAGCAGACUUGUAAUCGACUAGGAAUGGCAGCGAGGACAACACCUCGUGCAUUGGAGAAAAAGGUGCAACGUGUGGGAACAGCGAGUGAUUGUGAGCCGCGGUCAGUGGUAGAAGAUGGUGCAUUGAAGCGACCAUCGACUUUGGAAACUCGACGCGCGUACUCUGCGUCUAUUAAGACGCGUAUGGCUGAUGGAAUCAGUGGACUUAAAAGAACAAAUAGCAACAGCAGCAUGAGCAUGAGCAGUAUUGCCAGCAGUGUAUCGUCGUCACUGUCGAGAUCGAGGAACAAACCACCGGCUAGUGCAGCAUCGGAGAGGAGAAAGACACUACAUGAGCUGGUGGAGAGCAAUAAAGAUACCCGACGCUGUAGUUUGGGCUCCGAGUCGUCGUGCUCGUCGAUGUCGUCGUCGGCAACGUCGAUGUCGUUUAGAUCUGCAACGUCAUCGAGGACAUCGUCGUCUAGGAUGACUGGAAUCAAUAUACGCAGUAAUGCUGGCAUAGCGUCAUCAGCACGUACCAAGUCGUCGCCAGCUGCGCAGAAAGUCUGGCCGGCUACAGCUCCGUCUUUGACAACGCUUCCAGAAGAGUUUACGCUGAAUGAGGAGAUGGUGAUGGCCUUGAAAGAGGAUCACGAGCUGACGGAGAAAGGGGUGCACGAACUGCUGACGUACUUGUCUUCGGCGUCGACGAAUUCAACGCCGAAUACAGCAAGCAUGAAGACUCGACAAGAAGAGAUCAAGCUGUUGAAGGCAGGAUUGCGUAGAUUGAGCGCCCACAGUAAAGGUCUGAUGAAGUGUUGCGAGGCUUUUGAGGUGAGGACUCUGGAACAGAACGAAUAUGUAGACGAGUCCGCUGCAGAGAUUGAACGGCUGACUCAAUUGCUCAACUCAGAGUCGCCCGUGAAACACACAAAAGGAUUGGUCUCGGGGUUGGAGCUAGAGGACGGGGAUGGGCCAUCGUCCAGGUCAUAUCAUCCAACAUCCGACUCGGAGACCGCUUCUACUACUUCUUCACAAAACAUUUUCCCAAGAGUGUCGAGUGAAGAGGCUGAUCGACAGCGUCAAGAAAUUCAGCAAGCGAUGCAGGAAGACUCGCCACUGUCGGCUUACGUGCGUACAAUCUUGAAAAAGGCCACAGAUAAGAUUGAAGAAAAGUGGAAAAUGCGUUUUGCCGAGCAGCUCAUGGAACAUGAACAGGCAUUAUCUCAGGAACGCGAGCGAUCAUCGGCAUCGGUACUCUCUAGCUCGCGUUUGGUUACUGAGACUUUACAUGGCAAGGACGAUGAGUUGAAGGCCGUUGAAGAGCUAAACAUUAGUCUAAACCAGAAGGUGCGGCAGUUGGAGCUGGAUCUAGAUGCUGCUUGCUCGGAACGGGAUUUCUUUAAACAGCAAAUGGAUGACGAUGACGAUGACCGAUCAGUUAGUGCCCAUAGCUUCUGGGAGAAAACAACUGACCUGUCUCGGCAGAACCGCAAUCUGACGGAGGAUCUGUCUCAGGCGAACAAAAAGAUUGCACACCUAAGCGAAGCAAUCGCGAUCAUGAAAUCGAAGGCAUCGAGUCUGAAAACCGAAAAUGGCGAUCGCGUUCGUGCGUCAAAAUCUAUGGUAGCGGAAAAGAACUUGUUACAAGACAAGUUAGUUGCUGUGGAAGCGAAGUUCGAAGACGAAAAGAAUCGUCGGGAGAAAUUCCAGGUGAACGUGGAGCAGUUGACCGUGGAAAACACAGCGCUGUAUGCACAAAUGGUGGCUCUGCAGACGAUGUAUGAAGCAAAGAUGGAGGAACUGCAGGCUCGUUAUGAAAAGCGAAACGUAUCUCUUGCGGGCGAAAUGAAACUCUUGCAGGAUCAGAACAGGCUGAUGCGCAAAACUGAACCUGGCACACAGAGACCAUCGUAUGGCAGCAGCAGUGUUGUCAGUAGGUCGAAUUUUGAUACUCCUACGCCCCAUGCUGAUGAUACAGAGACGAUUCAACGUAUUCAGGAACUGACGGACGAUUUGUUGGAGGCGCGACAGGAGCUCACCGAGAAGUCAGAUUUUAUCGCCGAGCUAGAGAUGAAAAUCGCUGAGGGUGAGAUAAUGCGCCGCAAAUUGCACAACACUAUUCAAGAGCUGCGCGGUAACAUUCGCGUGCACGUGAGGCUGCGUCCGUUUUUGCGCUCUGAUGGUGGGGAAGCGUUGGCUGAGAAUCCACAGUCGGCCAUCGUGUGCGAUACUUUUUCCUCCACGAUUAGGACAAACGUUGGGAACCCACAUUCCUUUGCAUUUGACAAGAUUUACGGUCAGUCGGACUCGCAGGAAUUUGUGUUCAAGGAUGUAUCGGACUUUAUCCAGUCGGCCAUGGACGGCUACAACGUGUGCAUUUUUGCUUAUGGCCAAACGGGGUCUGGAAAGACGCACACUAUGCAAGGAAGUGGAAAGGCGCAGAUGCGCGGUAUCAUUCCACGCUCGAUUGAUUUAAUCAUCAAUUGCUGCAAAGAGCUGACAUCGAUGGGAUGGAAUUUCGCACUAAAGGUGAAGUUCUACGAAAUUUACAAUGAAAGCAUUUGUGACUUGCUCACUUUGGAGAAUAGCAACGAUACGAAGCACAACAUCCGGACUGAUAAUCGCGGGAGGAAUUACGUGGAAGGGCUGACAGAGGUCUUAAUCGAUUUCGACCAGGCAGGAGAGCAGAUCGAUGAAAUUGUCAACUUGGCAGCUUGCAACCGUUCUGUCGAUCGCACAGACAUGAACGCACACUCGUCUCGUAGCCACAGUAUUUUCGCGCUAUCGAUUCAAGGGUACAAUGAGUCACAAAAUACCGAGGUUGAAGGAAGUCUAAGCCUAGUGGAUCUCGCCGGCAGUGAGCGGCUGAGUCGAUCGAAUGCCACGGGUAGCCGUUUGAAAGAGGCACAAGCGAUCAAUAAGAGUUUGAGCGCUCUGGCUGACGUGUUCCAGGCUCUUGCCAAGAAGUCUCAUCAUGUCCCGUAUCGCAACAGCAAGCUCACGUACGCAUUGCAGCCUGCACUCUCGGGCAACGGCAAGACGCUAAUGAUGGCUAAUUUGUCACCGACAUAUGCGUCCAUCGAUGAGUCGUUGUGUAGCAUGCGCUUUGCACAAAAGGUGAGUCAGUGCGAGCUUGGUGCUCCUGUGCGGCAGAUUAAUUCGACAAGGCGUCAAUCACUGGGACCUGGAGAUUUUAAACGUGGCAGUAUCAAAAGCUCGCCCCCUUGUGAUUCUCGACGAAGCACGCUCACACCAGGUGCACUGAAGAGGUUGCUGUAG